AUGGAAGACAGGUUUGAUAAGAAAAUGGAUAUGUUAUUUGCUGUUAUGAACAAGUCAUGUUCUUCUAUAGGUAGUUCGACUGUUGCACAGGUUUCUCAAUCUGGAAGUUCAGAUAACGUCCCAAGUACAGGGGAGCGUAGACCGGUAAUUUCUUUGAAUGCAAAUCUUGAUGAGGACUUGGGAAGUCCUAGAAUUAUCAGAAAUAUUGAUUUUGACAAUAGGUCAAAAAUUUCUCUUCAUAUAGACAGUCGUGAAAAGGCUGAUUUACUUGGUUUAUGUUCAUCAGAGGAUGAAUAUUCUCGUGGCCUCAGUAGUCCUGUUUAUUCUCAGGCUGGCAAUAAAUCUAGAAAUGUUGAAAGAUUUAGUCAAUAUCUACAAACUCAACCUACUAUUAGUAACAAUGUUGAAAGUCAGUCAAAUCAGAGACAAACAAGUAACAUUGAUAAUAAUAACAAUAAAACUGUAGACAAGCAGUCAGAUAAUUUAAAUUUAUUGUCUAAACUUUUCAAGGAAGAUAUUCCUUCAGAAUCUUCUGAUAAUUCUGGUGGCUUGAUCAUUGAUGAGGCACAGGUUAGAAUUCUAGAACGUUCCUGGAGAACUAAAAAUCCAGAGAAACUUACAGCUUAUAAAGAUGAAUACCGUAGUUGUUUUCCGGUUAAUGAUAAAUCUAAAAGCUUUUUGCAAGUACCCAGUUUGGAUGAUUUAUUAGAACCAAUGAUAAGAACUGUUCAUGGUACAAAUAGUGUUAAGUCAUGGGACAAACAUAAGCAGUUGGUUACUCAACCUUUAAAACAGAUAGAGAAUCUAGCCUAUCAAGGGCAGGUGGCUUCACCUAUGGGUAUUAUAUCAGUGUUGUAUAUGCAACAAACAUUAGGAACCUUAUUAGAGAGGGUUGAAAAUGAAAAUGUUAGUGAUGAAACUUGUCAAAUGGUGAAGGACUUGUUUGCAAUUUCGACAAAGUCUCUUGAUCAGGUAGGACGCACAGGUGCGUUUAACCAUAUGAUACGCAGGAAGGCUGCAGCUACUGAGUCUGGUUUAAAUAACUUGAAAGAUAUACAGGCUAAAGUUUUGUAUUUACCUCUUUCGAAUGAAGGUGUAUUUGGUAAAGGUUUGGAAGACAAACUUGAGAAACGUAAAGAACAACGUGAGCAACUAGACGAUCUGUUACCAGAGUAUAAGAACAAUAAUAAGAGAAAGUUUGAAUCUACUCAGGUGCGUCAAGAUUGGCAAAAUAAAGCUCCUAGAUAUAGUUCUAACAAUAGUUAUACUCAUGUUAAUUAUAACAAUGCUAAUUCAGCUGAUAAACGUUCAGGUUUUAGUUAUAAUAAAUCUUCUGUGAGAUCUGCUCCUAGGAAGUUCCAGAAAGACAAUAAAGCUGAUGACUUUGGGAAAAAAGAUGAAGAAAAGAAAGCAGGUGGCAACUGGAAUUCUUUUCGGAUCCCAAAGAAAAACAGUAGCUGACUCAGAGUUAAAGGAGAUGUAGCGAUCUGCAGGCACUAAGAACGGAUAAAGGCUCCAUGAGAAUACAGACUAAAGGAAUUACGUUUAUAAGACAUGGCCUAGCCAAACAGGAUAGGGAGAAACAUUUUGGAGAAAAAAUUUUCGUACCUACAUACACUGAGAAUACCUCUUUAGAUCCACGGAAAAGUCUGUUGUAAUAUUUAGAUAAAACAAAAUCGUUGCGUAAAAAAUUACAACAGGACCAAAGAGGGAAAUUAUUUUUUAGCUUUAUGUGAACCUCACAAAUCAGUUACCUCUCAGACAAUUUCACAUUGGAUUGUUCAAAUUAUUAAACAGGCUUAUUCUGAUUCUGAAUAUCCAGGGAAAGGUAAAAUACAUGCGCAUUCUACAAGAGCUAUUGACCCAACUUGGGCAUUCUUUAAAGGAGCAUCUAUCAAUUCGAUCUUAGAAUCUGCAGAUUGGAGUUCAGAAUCUACCUUUAGUAGAUUUUAUUUGCGUGAAUUAGAUGUAAAUGUGUUACAGAAAAUAGACUAAGUUGAUAUUUUCGGCGAGUUGCACAGUAUGUUUUUGUUAUUCAUUAAAAUGUUAGUGGUGGAAGCAUUUUAAAUGGUGGAAGUAUUUUAUAUGUUUUUAAAUAUGAACAUGAACUACAUUUCAACUUAUGAUGAAGUUUGAAAUGACAAAGAAUCACAGAGAAGUUUUUCUGUUAUUAGAUGUGUACAUGUGUUGUAGAAAGUCUCUUCAGGUGAGAUAAUUUAUUUAUAACACUCCUCCUAAGGUUCAGACUGCUUUGAAAUCAGUAGUAAUCCUUAUGUAUAUUCCUUGACUGGUAAGUAAAAAUAUAUAUGAUAUAAAAUUGAGAAUUUGUUAUCAAGUUCUAAUUUUAUGAAUUAUUUUUACUUACCAGUCAAGGCUCCCACCACCUCCCCAGUUAUAAAUAAUUUUCGGUAAAAGGGAAUAUUUUGUUCCCGCCGAUAAACUGAGGAGGCAUUCACCCGGAUGAUCAA